AACUGUCCGUUUACAUUCAUCUACUACUAUCUUUCUACUACUGCGAAAUCCCAACAUACCAACCAAGCACUUAAUAUAUACCACCCACAAACAACUUAAUAUACUAAUCACCAUCAACCGCCAAAAUGACCACCUUCUACAUCCCAGUCGAACUCCUGUCAUACUACUAUAUCACCAUCGAUAUAGACACCCCCAUAUGGCAUCUAUUGCCCUGGGGCACACCGUAUGACACAACGACAGAUUACUGUUCCAUCACCAACUCCACCAACAUCGAACGGGAUAUACCAUAUGACACAAAGACAGAGUACUGUCCCAUCACCAACACCACCCACAUGGAACGCCAAGACAGCGGCAUCUUUAUCCCAUCAAACACCACCUCCCCCACACUAAGCACCAUCAGCAUCAACCCAAAACCAACAACACCAUCGACAACAUAUGCUCCACCCAGCCCCCACUGGACAGCUCUAACCACCCAAGCCGAGCAAACCAAAGCUCUCGACUUCCUUACCAACAACUGUCACACAGUCCAAACCCUCCAAGCAGCAAACUACACCGUCACCCCGGAUACAACAAAGAACAACAUCCGCUUCCAACAAACCCCAGACACGUACAACCCUUCCGCCCGCCUUGCCGUCUCGCUCGAUUGCGAAAUGGUAACCGACAUUUCGGGCCGCACCCAGCUCUGCCAAGUCAGCUUGGUAGACGUCCUCACCGGGGAACUCCUCCUCGAUCAACCCGUGCUGCCUACCGAGCCGGUCUUCGACUGGAAGACGAAAUGGAGCGGGAUGACAGCCGAACUCAUGGACCAGCACGUCGCCGCUGGAAGAACGGUGAACGGGUACGAAGGGGCCCGGGCCCGUGUGUGGGAUUUCGUCGACCAGAAUACGAUUCUGGUCGGCCAGAGUCUGAAUUUCGACCUCGAUGUGUUGGGCAUCGUGCAUGACAGGGUCGUGGAUACGUAUCUUCUCAUAAGGGGGGAGAGGAGAGGGAGGAGCUGUCGCCUACGAGACAUUGUAAGGGAUUGCUGUGGGGUCGAGAUUCAGAAGGGGGAGGAGGUCCAAGAGGGACAUGAUUGUGCGGAGGAUUGUUAUGCUGCCAGGGAGGUGGCAUUGUGGGCUGUGGAGAAUCUGGGGAAGGAUGAAGGUGGAGGUGGGGGUAGUACCCAAGGAUUAUCCUGUGUCGAGAGUUUCAUGUAAUGGGUACUACCUCCCGGUGAAGGAUUGUGCUUCCUCGUGUGGAGCCGGGUUAUACUUUCGAGAAUCAGGGGAAAGAUGGGGGCAGUACCCGAGGUUUAUUU